CAUACGAACUUUGGCAAACGCGAUGCAAAUUUUACCGAAUACAUCACCAAAUUAACGUCAUCCUGGUGUAGAAGAAAACAAUUCAUGUAUAACCAAGUCCCGCGAGGUCGAGCAAGAGGCAGAGGAUUCAGAGGGAAUGCCAGGGGCCAAGCCACACACCAGUAUGGCCGAGGCUGGGGCGGUGGCGGCGGGCAGCGUAUCUCGCAGGCCACGCCUUAUCAGCUGCAGCUGCCGACGACACCCCAUCCACUGAACGCCGUUUGGGUCGACCGCGCCGGAAAGGCCUGGAGCGAGGAAGGAGCCGGUCCAGACUCGGCUCUGGCCCAGGUGCUGCGGCAGGCGUUCGACUCAGCGUCGCAGCCCUACCUGCGCCUGCUGGACCUGGUUCUCUUCAGCUCAGACUAUGCCAAAAACCGCCCUGACGGCCUGGCGGCAGCAGUAUUGAAUGCCUUCCGGUCCUGGGCUGAGGAUUCUUACAAUGGAGUGCAGAACAUGCCUCAAUUCUUAAUAACAGAUAAAGUCAGGACAAUGGCGUUCAAGGUGAUGGGUAACCAGGAGUGCUCGUACGUCAGCGAUGCCAUAGUGGAGCUGUGCGGCCUGUCCGGCUCCACGCACCUGUUCGUCGACGAGAUCCACAAGAUGCUGCAAGCAAAGGACUAUAAAAAGGCGUGCCAGAUGGCCACGCGGCUGCGGCUGCACAACCGGUUCGGCGUGAACGAGUUCGUCGUGCCGCUGGUGCUGCUGGACCGGGCCAACGUGGCCGAGCAGUUCUUGGCCGACUCGCCGCGGCGCCAGGCCGAGGCGGUGGCUGCGCUCGACGACCUGCUGGAGCGCAGCCUGCCGCAGGUGGCCAGCAACCUGGGCAUGUCCGGCUUCUCGAAGGACACGGUGAAUCAAAGACGCUGA